AGUAAAUUUUCCACUCCCAAGACCCGCUGAAAUCUAACCCCUGUUUCGCUUUUUGGAACUUAACAUCCCCUCUCUUGAUGUCUGGUUUGUAGUCGUCCAUGUGUCGCGUUCUCUACUCAACGAAAAAUUGCAAGCACCAUAUGAUUUUCGUUUCCGUCCGAACUCUUCUUAUUUUGAUUGUCAAUCCUCUGAUUCCCUUUUAUCUCAACCAAAAGACCAAAAGAGAUGGCCGACGAAGAUGAAGAACUCAGUGCCGCGAUCGACAAGGGAGAUGCAAACGCAGCUGCAGCGCUACUUCUGAAUAAAACGGGUCCACCUGCCUAUGCCUCUUUCGUCGACAUGUGCAUAUCCCGUGGCAAGAUUGAAUUUGGAUUCAACACUCUUCUCGCUGUAGCAGGCACAUCAGGUGACUCAGCAGAUAAUUCACGUCCUUCGGUUUCUGAGAUGCUUAUUCUGCUUCGCAAAAUCCAAGUGCUUCCAACGGAGCCAAAAAGAACGCUGCAGUGGAUAGACGAUGAAGGAGGGAAAGUACUCACGGAUUUACAUAUAAGAUGAGCAUCUUUCGUUGUAGUUAGGUGGAUGUGACGAUAGAUUUUUAUCAGAACAACAACUCUAACUCUAUUCAUUUUAAACACUUGCUUCACAAUCUCAUAGUCUUGAUGCAACAUAUCCUCUGAACGUCUGUCUUUUUUCACCAUAAAUGCCAACAUCAACAAGGUUCUCUCCCUCUGCCCACCGUUUCUUCUCGACGUGAUGGAGCAUAGCGUACGUCUCUUGCUGAACGUUUCCUUUGUCGCGCGUCAGAGACAAGAACUUCGUUUACUAGACGACGAAGUCUUCGGCGCAACUGGUUUGAUGACGGAAGAAGAGGCGCGUGAGGACCUGGCACAGCGAGAAGGCGUCAAGGAGAAAUAUGAAGGCGAUGCGAAGCGCGCUUUUGCAACAGUGUUGUCUUGUGUAUCGGAAUUGAGAAAGAAAAUAGCGGAAUAUGGAGCGAGAGAAGAGGAUCUGGUAGGUGCAAUUGCUAAUGCUAGUGCUAAUAUGGGCACUGGAACACCAGGUGAGGGAGAGAGCACCCCUUCAAGUGCGGAUAUUGAGAUGAACAAGGUCAAAGCUUCUUUUGCCAGAUGGGACAAGGAACUUGACUGUCUUGAAAAGGACCUGAGCUCUGUUGGCACUGCCCGGAGGCGGACCUCACAAGAUGAAGUGGAAUUUGGUGAUUAAGCAUGGAGAUGCCGUAAUGCGUUCAGCGGAGUCGAAUCAAUAGUCCCUGCCGCUGGGCAUGCAGUUUUUAGGUCGCAUAGCGAACGCGUCCGCAAAGACGAAGAUGGACGCGCGAUGAUCGCAGGAAAAAUGGAUGCGGAACUGCGAGAAAAUGAAAACGAUAGCCUCCAGUCUACUCUCCGCGCCGCUCUCAGGCGUUCAAGUUUACGAAGAUAUCGGCUCCGGACGUUUCCGGACAACGUCACUAUGCUUCCAGAUCGGUCUUCUGGUUACACCACUACCACGCGCACUUGGACACGAGGCAUAGCUAGGCGCAAACAGCGAAGACAGAACAAAUACAAUUCACUCAGGAGUUCGUGCUGCGUCCGGAAGCUCAACGGAGCAAUGUUGAGGCGCUGUGUUGAUUAAUGAUGUGUUGACCACUGCGACUGAUUGCAAUCACAACUUCUAUUGCAGUCUCUGGCAUUCACAUUGUCACACAAGAAU